AUGAGUACCCUCAACCUCCAUCUCGCCAUCUCAAAGGAGCGAGGUCAAGGCCAACCCCGACACGGGAUUCUCAUGCUUGCAGAAGAAAAUGCCACUCAUGCAAUCUUUUAUCAUACCACUGGUGAACCCAUGCACAGUAAGCCAUAUAAAGUUGCCAUUGAGCCCAAGCGCGUUGAAAGCCAUGGAAUUGACAAGCGUCACUUGAUUGCUAAGGUUCUCGAGAAGGAUAGGCAGGAGGUCAAAGCUGCUGUUCGGCAAGCUCCCCCGCUGUUCUGUCAGCGCUGGAUCUUGAACGUUCUCGAGAACUUGGAGAAGCAAGGUAUUGUUCCUGAAGGCACUUGUUCCAAGUGA